AUUAUAAAGAGUUUCCUCAAGCUUCCUCAAGCACUAGCACUCAUUCCUUGGCACUCAUUUACAUACAAAAAAUUACUUCAAUUUCUUCAACUGUCACUCCAAGGCAUGUUUGCCUUUUCAAUUCAAGGGAAUGUUUCCACUAGUCUUUCUGAUAUGAGAAUUCCAAGUGAGUGGUUAGCUUAAAGAUCAAUCAGUCCUCACGGACGUCACUGCCUAAAAUGUCUGAUAUUUUCCAGGAUAUUCUUUGAAAUGGUUUAGACCCUAAGUAAAGCUUAUUAAGAAUACUUUUCUAAACGUUAUACUUUUUGAUUCAGGAGAAUAUUCCCAGUAGUUUUCUAGAUAUGGUACUUUGAAGUGAGUGGUCGCUUUAAAGGUCAAUCAGUGCUCAUGUACAUCACUGCCUAAAAUCUCUGAUAUUUAACAGGAUAUUCUCUGAACUGGUUUAGACUCUACAUAAGGUUUAAUAAGAAUACUUUUCUGAACGUUAUGCUUUUUAAUUCACCAGAAUAUUCCCACUAGUUUUCCAGAUAUGGUACUUGGAAGUUAGUGGUCAGUUUGAAGAUCAAUCAUUGCUCAUGGACGUCACUGCCUAAAAUGUCUGAUAUAUUCCAGGAUAUUAUUUGUACUGCUUUAGACCCUUAAUAAGACUUGACAAGAAUACUUUUCUGAACAUUAUGCUUUUUGUUUCAUGAGAAUAUUCCUACUAGUUUCUCAGAUCCUGGACUUAGAAGUGAGUGGUCACUACAGCCUAAAUAAGGUUACAAAAAGUGACUUGACCUUCUUGAAAUAAAUGAGAUAUUCCAGGCAGUCAACUUCAUGGACUCAUACAACUCCUUGGAAGAUAUCAAGGUUCUCAACAGCCUGGAAGUAUCAAAAAAUUACUUCAGUUUCUUGGUAUUGGUAAACCCCCUAGAAAAGAUCGUCAACUGCUUUGAAGCAAAAAAUCACUCUCCAUACUUAGUCCUUGAAGUUCUUCCUUAUUUUUCUAGUUUUACACUUUUAGAAUUAAAGUUCAACUGUCAAGGAAAUGUUUACGACUGUCUGGAAGUACCAGAAAUUACUUCAAAGGCUUCGAAGGCUCCAAAAGGGACGACUUCAGCUAGGGAAACCAAAAGAAAUAUGCGAGGCAGUCGAGAUAGGUCUAAAGCAACUUCCUGGAAGAUAUGAAGGCUCUCAACUGCCUGGAAGUAUCAAAAAAUGACUUUUACUUCUUCAAAUGUCUAAAAAGGAAGACUUAACUUGGUCGAAAUUAAAGAAAUAUUCCAGGCAGUCGAGAUAUGUCUAAUGCAACUUCGUGGAAGAUAUUAAGGCUCUUAAACUGCUUGGGAGUAUCAAAAAAUGAGUUCAACUUCUUGGUAUUAAGACAAACGUCCAGGCAGUUGAGGAUUUUUUCAGACAACCCCCUUGGUAAGACCCUCAAGUGCCUGGAAGUAAAAAAUUACUUUACAUGUUUUUUAAUUGGGAAAUAAAAACAAUUCCACGUGAUUGCAGAACCUCGUACUUAUUCCUUGAAGUUCUUUCUUACUUCAUUAGCUUCACACUCUUGGAAUUAAAGCUCAACUAUCAGGAAAAUGUUUUGCACUGCCUGGAAGUACCAAAAAAUUACUUUAACUUCUUCAACUGUCUAAAAAAGGAAGACUUAAAUUGGUCGAAAUUAAAGAAAUAUUCCAGGCAGUUGAAAUAUGUCUGAUGCAAAUUCGUGGAAGAUAUUAAGGCUCUCAACUGCCUGGAAGUAUCAAAAAAUGACUCCAGCUUCCUGGUUUAAGACAAACAUGCAAACAGCUAAAGAUUUUUUUCAUAAAACCUUCGGAAAAAAGGCCCUCGAGUGCCUGGAAGUAAAAAAUUACUCUUCACACUUAUUCCUUGAAGUACUUCCUCACCUCACUAGCUUCACACUUAUGGAAUUAAAACUCAACUGCCAGGAAAACGUUUUUAGCUGCCUGGAAGUUCCUGAAACCACUUCAAUGACGUCAACUACUUGAAAUAAAUCAAAUAUUCCUUGGGUUUUGGUUUGGGUUGGUCUGGAGGAGGUUUUCUAUGGAGGAUUCUUAUCUAGAAACUUUUGGAAGAGAUUCUUUAUUACACGACAGUCUUUUAUGUAAACUAUCACAAGUGACGUCAUUUGUGACCCGGAAACUUUGACUCUGAGAAACCUGAUAAGUGAAUGACUAAUUAAACCAAUAUUCCAGGCACUUGCAACGCUUUGGGUUUAGUUUAUAUUGGGUUGAGUGAAGGUUUUCUAUGGAAACUCUUGUCCAGGAGUGCCUGGAAGAGAUUCUUCAUUAAACGACAACCUUCAGGUCCAUGUGAACUGUCUCAAGUGACGUCAUGUGCGACUUGGAACCUUUGACUCUGAAAAACCUGAUAAAUGAAUGACUUCAACCUCUCGAAAUAAAAGUCUUUAAAUAUUCCCCAUGCAACUCUUUGGCGUUGGGUUGUAUUGAAUUGAGUGGACGUUUUCUGUGGAAACUUUUGUCCAGGAGUGCCUGGAAGAGAUUCUUCAUUAGACGACCACCUUCAGGUCCAUGUGAACUGUCUCAAGUGACGUCAUGUGCGACUUGCAAACUUUGACUCUGAAAAACCUGAUAAAUGAAUGACUUCAACCUCUCAAAAUAAAAGUCUUUAAAUAUUCCCCAUGCAACUCUUUGGCGUUGGGUUGUAUUGAAUUGAGUGGACGUUUUCUGUGGAAACUUUUGUCCAGGAGUGCCUGGAAGAGAUUCUUCAUUAGACGACCACCUUCAGGUCCAUGUGAACUGUCUCAAGUGACGUCAUGUGCGACUUGGAAACUUCAACUCUGAAAAACCCGAUGAAUGGAUGGGUCAGGGAAUCUUAGUGAGUGCUAUUGACAUGAACAUUAGUCAUAAGAUGUUCUUGAAUAAGAUAAUAAAAUAACGUUUCAAAAAAUCCCUUUUUUCCCCAACUGGGUGUACAUACGUUAAGGUGACACCGAGUAACGCCGCGACGCAACUUCCGUCGUGUUUUUGGUCGGUUAUAAAAGAGGGAAACAGCCGCGUCGGGGGCUAAUUUGUGGCCCCCCCGCGUGCAAGACGCCACCGGUAGAAGCGAGAGGAAACCUGUUGUUGACUGGUUUGAUCCCAUAAUGAAAUUCUUCUGGUUUAACGUUGUCUUAGUUACUUUUUGCCUUGUUGCAUUAUGUGAGGUAAUCAGUGCGGAUUUUAGUGAUUCAGAUUAUCUUCCAAAGACAGAGAUUCGUAAUAGGGAGCAUCGAACGAUGCGAGUCAACAUGCGAGUCGGAAAACGGCCGGAUUUGGAUGACGAUGUAAUAAAUAAAAGGGACUUUCUGAGCCCCAAUAGGAGACUAAGGUUAGUCGUGAGACCCGGAAAACGAAUAUUCCCCAAUCCGGAAUAUCCACGGUAUCACUCGACACAGACCGACCUAUCCCACUACAGAUCAGAACCAAAAAGGAAACUGCGUCUGGUCAUGCGCACCGGUAAAAGAACUUCAAACGAUCAAGACACCGCGGUUACACCACAAUAUGACACAUUAACUAGUAUAGAAGACACCCCACUAUUUCAACAUAAUAACAUGGACUCCACAGGUUUGAAGAGGUCGGCCCCGCAGUUCCUGCUGAACCCUCGGAUAGGAAAAAACGACCGAACCUGGAAGGUGCUGCAGAAACGAAACGACCCGAAGGCAUCCGACCUGUGGUUCGGCCCACGAAUCGGCAGAUCUAACGAGAAAUCCUACGAAGACUCGCCUUGGAGUUAUAUUAUACUUAGAGGUAAUCGGCAGGAAUCAGACCCGAGCAGCGAAAUGGACGAACAAUCGACCGACGAAUCAUCCGAACAAUAAGUUUCGUAAUUCAAUUAUUAUUAUUAUUAUUAUUAUAAAAUGUUAUUCUGUUGCCUUUGAAAAGAACAAAUAUAUAUAAGUUACAAGAGGCGGCG